AUUACACUUCAAGUCUACAGAUCCUUUAGAAUUGGCUAAAAUUAUAGUAGAUCGUCUACAACAGGCUAGAGAAUCAUACGCCAAUGCAAGUGAUAUGGUUAAUUAUAGGUUCAGUGUGAAAGGACAAACUAAUGAUAUG